UGAUCGCGUCCCAGGCCUAAAUCUGAAUCAGUCGCCAUGCAGGCUAUCUUGCUGCUGCUGCUGCUGCUGUUUACGAGCUGUUCCAUGUCGGCGAGGAUUCUGGGCAUCAACCCCACGGCGUCCAUCAGCCACCAGAAGCCGUUCCUCAUCAUUAUGCGGGCUCUCGCCGAGAGGGGCCACCAGGUGACGGCCAUCACCAGUAAUCCAUUAAAGGACCCACCGCAAAACCUCACACAGAUCGAUAUGUCAUUUACAUAUCCGAAAGCGGAGGACGAAGAGUUUAGAGAUCUCGUAACUGAAAUCACGAAAACACCCACAGAGAAACUGCCUGAAGUGUUGCUUCCUUAUUACGAAUUCGCGUGCGAAGCCCAUUUCAAUUUUCCAGAAAUAAAACAACUUUUACGGCAGGAUGAGAAGUUUGAUGUCGUGAUCUUGGAGGCGGCCCCCACUUUCUGCUACUUUGGUUUCAUCCACAAACUGGGGCCGCCGCCUGUCAUCGGCUUCCUUUCGAUGGGGAUGACUGGCGGGAUCAGUGCCCUCAUGGGUGACACUGUGAAUCCGUCGUACAUGCCAGAGAUCCUGGCACCGUACACAGACCACAUGGAUUUCUGGCAGAGAAUGGACAACUUUCUUGCCCUGUUCAAGCAAGCGCGCUCUGGUGCGAGUGUCAUUCUGCCUGUACAUGAGAGGAUUAUACGGAAGCAUUUUGGACCAGAUGUUCCUAGUCUCAUGGACAUGAUGCGUAACAUGAGUCUUUUCCUGGCGAACAACCACUUCAGUGCCAAUUACCCGCACCCACGUCUGCCCAAUGUAAUAGAGAUGACUGGCCUUCACAUCGAAAAGGAACGGAAGCCCUUACCGAAGGAGAUCCAGAAGUUCUUAGACGGAGCGGACAAUGGCUUCAUAUAUUUCAGUUUAGGAUCGAACAUGAGAAGUAUUUUCCUCUCUAAAGAGAUAAGAGACGCAUUCCUGUACGCUUUCUCUAAACUUCCGCAAAGAAUACUGUGGAAGUUCGAGGAGGUUGACCUCCCCGGAAAACCAGAGAACGUGAUGGUGUCGAAGUGGCUACCGCAGCAGGACGUACUAGCUCAUCGUAACAUCCGGCUGUUCAUCACACAGGGAGGUCUGCAGAGCUUCAACGAGGCGGCGUACUUUGGUGUUCCUCUCCUAGGGAUACCGUGUUUCGCUGACCAGCCCUACAAUAUUGCCAAGAUGGUUAGCGCCGGAAUAGGAGAGAAAAUGGAACUGGGCGAAAUAAACAAAGAAUCACUUCUCCGAGUAAUACGACGCCUUCUUGACACUCCGAGCUACCAGGAGAACAUGCAGAAGUUCUCCGCAGUUUUCCGCGAGCACCAGGCGACGUCGCUGGAGCGCGCCGUGUGGUGGGUGGAGUACGUGAUCCGGCACCGGGGCGCGCCGCACCUGCGCAGCCUCUCGCUGGACAUGAUGCCGUGGCAGACGCUGCUGCUCGACGUCGCCGCCGUGAUCCUCCUAGCCGCGGCCGUCGCCGCCUUCCUCUCGUACAAAGUACUCACCUGGCUCUGCUGCAACGUCUCCAAACCUCGGCACACGAAAUGAAAGCAGUGCACAGUUCGUCCGGUCUCUCGGGAACACGCAUCGGCAUCGAACAGAGAAGAGUAAACGCAAGUAGCGUGACGGGAAGAUUAUUUAUUAUAAAAUGUAUUGUCUAC